AUGAUGGACAUGAACCAUGGACACAUUGUUACUGUGGCCAGUUCGCUGGGGUUAUUUAGUACCGCAGGUGUAGAGGAUUACUGCGCUAGCAAGUUCGGCGCUGUGGGUUUCCACGAGUCUCUCAGCCAUGAACUGAAAGCUGCAGACAAAGAUGGGAUUAAAACUACUUUAGUUUGUCCCUAUCUGGUGGACACGGGCAUGUUUCGGGGUUGCAGAAUCAGGAAAGAAAUCGAGCCUUUUCUCCCGCCCUUGAAACCAGAUUACUGUGUGAAGCAGGCCAUGAGAGCCAUCCUUACAGACCAGCCGAUGAUCUGCACGCCUCGUCUCAUGUACAUUGUGACCUGCAUGAAAAGCAUCCUGCCAUUUGAAGCCGUGGUCUGUAUGUACCGGUUCCUCGGAGCAGACAAGUGCAUGUACCCUUUCAUUGCUCAGCGGAAACAAGCCACAAACAACAAUGAAGCUAAAAAUGGAAUAUAA